AUGAUGUUACCAGAUUCGGACGCAGACACGGUGGCUCAAAAUGCUUCGGGCGGUCAAGGCAAAGAGGGCGAGGGAAAGAAAGAGGAAACGCUGUCCCUGGAUGACUGUCGAUGUCCAGUGUGCUUGGAGAUGUUUCUGGAGCCGGUGACGCUACCUUGCGAGCAUACCUUUUGCAAGGUCUGCUUCCUGGAGUCUGUAGACAAGAGCACUCUGUGUUGCCCCAUGUGCCGCAAGCGCGUAUCCACGUGGGCCCGCCUGAACAACAGGAACAAGACACUGGUCAACGAGCAGCUCUGGACGCAGAUCCGGAACAGCUUUCCGCAGCACUGCCAGAGACGCCUCAGUGGGCAGGACGUCAUCAACAACGACCUGGCCGUUUUUGUCCCAAGGGUGAGUGAGCCUGGAGAGCUGAGACAAGAAUAUCAGGAUCAAAUGAGCAAACUGUGGGAGGAAAAGCGAAAGCUAGACGAGGAGGAGCGACGCGCCAGUGAGGAGUUCAUCCAAAGACUCCUGGCUGAGGAGGAGGAAAAAGAGAAGCGCAUUAGGCUACAGGAUGAGAUCCUGGCCAGAGUGCUCAGCAGUGAACUGAACAGCAAACCUAUUUCCCACAAAAAACCCGCUGUCGUCACACCAGCCCGCAAGAAGGUGAACGUAGGACAGAUAGAAAAGUUCUUGUAUCGACUUCCGUCCAAGUCGAGCCCGUCAGACUGCAGCCCGGCGAUCACUUUGAUUUCAAACAGGGACGGUCAAAGAUAUGAGAACAUCCUCCUCUCCCGUGAGCCAAGCCCCCCUCAUGCAGACAUCUCGGAGCUUCAACGGGACAGAGCGGAAUCUCCUAGCCCCUGUCCCGCCUCUUUUGCGGAGGAGCCGCGCCACAGUCAGAGCAUUUACGCCGAUGAAGGAACAUCUAAAAGAAAAUACCCUGAGCACGAAGAGCAGGACGACGAUUCUCUUACAGAACAGGGGCGUCGCUUUUCUUCCUCUUCGUCUGCUAGCACGUCUUCGUCCGUGGCGCUGUAUUCAGAAUGGGAAGCCCAGCUAGCGAGCCGCCGUCAGCAGGAAGAGGCCGACCGGAAAAUGGCACUAUUGCUGCAGAAGGAGAUCAACCAGGAGGAGAAGCAGAAAAACACAGACCGCAGGAAAGGCUCGGUCGACGCCUACCUACUCAGGCGGGACUCCCAGAGGAGAACCUCUUGGACAAAUAAAACCUCCGACGAAUCGACAUCUUCUUCCUCCUCCUCUUCCUCUCUGGAAGCCUCAACCUCUACCCACCAAAACUAA